AUGCUUUCGUUCAUUGUUGCUGCUUUCAUCCUUGUGGUGACAGUAUUGCUUCUUUAUUCGAAGGGUUUUCUCAUCUUUGGAGAGAAGGUGGCCCUGGAUGCGUCUAAAUAUGAGUCUUUCAAGCUGGUGAACAAAAUCCCUGUGAGCCAUAACAGCUUCAUUUUUCGUUUUGGCUUGCACUCGUCAACACAACGUCUUGGGCUUCCUAUUGGACAACACAUUUACGUUCGGAGUGCGGUCGUGAACGCAGAGGGAAAGUCGGAGAUGGUGCAGCAUGCGUACACUCCUGUUACCUCCGAUGACGACGUCGGUUAUGUGGAUUUUCUUAUCAAAGUGUACUUCAAAAACGUUCACCCUAAGUUUCCAAACGGUGGCCGUUUGUCGCAGCACUUGUACAAUCUCCCUCUUGGGAGUAUGGUGGAAAUGCGGGGUCCUGUAGGAAAGUUUGUGUACUUGGGAAAUGGAAAUUUUACUGUCAGUGACAGUAAGGGUGAAGUGACGAAGACGCAUGCAGAUGCACUGACAAUGGUGGCAGGUGGCACGGGCAUCACACCGAUGAUGCAGCUUAUUCGUGCCAUCAUGAAAUCCCCUGAAGAUCGCACAGAGAUCGCGCUUGUGUAUGCCAAUCAGACGGAGGAAGAUAUUCUGCUUCGGAAGGAGCUGGAUGAGUGCGCGAGGGAUCAGAGGAUGACGGUGUGGUACAUGAUCAGUCGUGAUGUUUCUCCUCAAUGGAAGUACGGCACUGGCCACGUAGAUGAGGCAACGCUGCGGGCGCAUGUACCUGUUCUGAAGCCCAAGAAUCACAAGUACAACCGCGUCGUUGCGUUGAUGUGCGGCCCACCCAUGAUGGUUGAGAAGGCUGUGAGACCAAAUCUGGGAAAACUUGGUUACGCCAAUGAAGACAUGUUUGCUUUUUGA